AUGGAUAAGGAUAAGAAACCGAAGAGUGGAUUCAUGAAGAGGAAAGAGAAAGAGAAAUGGAAGAUGGAAGAGGCAGCGAAUGAUCCAAGACAAGCAAAAGUCCGAAAAUUCUUUCAAAGUAGUUCUGUUAUCUCUACUAAAAACCAAAAUGAAGAUAGUGCCGAAUGUGAAGAUGCGACUGUAAAUGAAGCAACCAAUCAACCUGUGAUCAGUCAAGGCGAAACUACGAUUCAUAAUGAACCUGUCAUUGCAACGUCCAGUGGAGCAGGCUACGUUGCAGAAAAGUUUAAUGAAAGUGACCCCGUAAAUUCUACGUCUAUGAAUAUAUCAAACGAAAAGGUAUAUCGACCAGCAACAACAUCUGUGCUUCCUACUGGAUCAACACCAAAAAUUUUUGAAUUUGAGAAUGAUAAAGGUCUUUAUGAUAAUGCUAGUGGGAUUUCUUUGAAUGUGGAUCAAAUCAGAGCUCUUUUGUUGACAGGCCCUUGCCAGCCUAGAGAAUGUGAUAUGCCUGGCGGGGAAUUCAAACAAUCGAGUGACAAACGUCGAUUCAACUCUUCGUUUUAUUAUAAGAACAAAAAAAAGCCUUUCAUGGAAGAUAACUACAGUCCCUGGUUAUCUUAUUCACCAACAAAAAAUUAUGCUUAUUGUCACUACUGUUGGUUAUUUGGCGAUGAAACUGCGAAAAAAAGCAUUUGGUACGUUGGUUUCACAGACUGGAAACAUUGUCAUCAAUCGGUCACACAACAUAGUUUAAGUAAAGCCCAUCUCAGCAAUGCAGUCGCUGCUGCAACAUUUCUCCAGAAAAAUGAUAUUCGUCAUAAACUCGAACAACAAAUAAGCGAAGAAGCUAAGAAAUGGCGCGCAAUUUUGAAUAUACUUUUUAACACUGUGAAAACUUUAUCUGGUUUGGGCGUUGGUUUUCGUGGUCACCGUGAAAAUUUACAAAAGGUUGAGCAUCCCGGUAUUUAUUUGAGUAUCAUUAAAUUGAUUUCUCGCCAUAAUCCUAUUCUACAUGCGCAUCUUGAAUCGCCAGAACGAAUCAAAUAUUUAAGUAAAACAAUAACAUAUGAGUUACUCAGUACAUUAGCUGAUCAGACCAGAAAGUUUAUUGUUGAUGAAUGUAAAGGUGCCAAAUUUUUCACGUUAAUCGCUGACUCAACGACGGAUAUUGCUCACUUGGACCAAAUGGCUAUUUUGUUACGAUACAUUGUUAUUCAGAAUGAAGGUUUAACUGCGUCUGCAAUAUGUAUCAAAGAGAGUUUUUUGUGCUUCGUUCAACUGACAAAAGGGGAUGCUACAUCUAUUUGCAAUAUUAUAACCGCCAUAUUGUUUGAUAAAUAUGGUUUCCAGAAGAAGUAUUUGUCUGGUCAGGCCUAUGACGGUGCAGCGGUAAUGUCAGGACGUGAAGGUGGUUUGCAAGCGAAAAUGAAGGAAUAUGUCGGCGAUGAGACAUUUGUUCCGUAUAUUCACUGUAUCAAUCAUCAAGUUUGGUUUUGGUGCAUGCUGCGGAAGAAAAUACGAUGGGAUGAACUUUUAGAAGCAAGCAAAAAUCCAUCACGGAACUCCAACAGUUUUGGCAUUCAGCUUUUAAAAGACCUUAAAAAAGAGAUCUUCGAAUCCGAUGCAGACACAGAAGACGGAUUAUCAUACGAUGAAUCGUACCGUCGCGGCGGUACUGGCCAGGUAGUCGCGUGA